ACACUAAUAGCCAGUCAGCCACAAUGUUGUGUGAAUGGGGGGUUUACGCUCUGUCAAUAGCCAGUCAGCCACAAUGUUGUGUGGAUGGGGGGUUUACGCUCUGUCAAUAGCCAGUCAGCCACAAUGUUGUGUGAAUGGGGGGUUUACGCCCUGUCCACGGCUCUUCCCAGCGCUUGUCUUUUUAGUGGCCUUCGUAUCACGGUCAAACGCAGACUGAAAUCAGCUGAUCGUGGUCGGGUGUUGGAGGCGUCCUGGUGAAUUUGUGCUUUUUUGCUAAGAAUUAGCGUGGUUUAGGCCUGGAUUUCUGUUCCAAUCGCUUCCUAAGGAACGUUGGCUGCCCUCCGAUGUGAGAUGGCCACCUCGCCCGCCGCCGAGAUCCACCUGACCGGGACGCCCGGCAGCACGCCUGCCAACGACAUGGACGACUUCGUAUCGCUGCCCGAUGACGACAAGGACCUCAGUCUGAUGAUCGAGUCCAGUAAGACGGACGACCUCAGCAACGCCCUCCAUACCGACCCGGACGCUCCGCGCAAAAAGAAGAAAACCCGUCGAGGAAAAAAGAAGCAGCGCCAUGCGCCGCCUCCAGAGGGCGUCGUGAACGCGGUCGAAGAUAACCAAGAUGGCGCUGGUAUUGCGCGCCCAGAGGACUCGGCCGCGGCGGGCGCUGCUGCGCCCUCACAGAACGACGACGGAGAGCAGGCCGUGCCGAGCAAGAGACAGCGGCUGAACCGGCGGCAGCGGCGGCGGCGGUCGGGCCGGCUGCCGGCGCCCAUCCUGCGUCCCCGGGACGUGCCGCGCGCGCCGCUCAACUCCACAUCGUUCAUCAUCGACGACCACGAGAACUCGGCGUUCUACAUCGACUUCGACGCUGCGGCGCGUCGCUCGCCGACCGGCCCGUCGGACGGCUCACAGCUGGAGUCCUCGACGGCCGAUGACGAGGACGCGGAGGAAGCGGCGCUCGCUGAGGCGGAGGAGUUUUCGCGCAAGGACUUUGAGAACGUGUACCGACGCGCGCGCGAGGAGGAGCUGGCCGAACUGGAGCGGCCUGAGCUGGUCGAGUGUGUGCGCGCUCUGGAGGCGCGUGUGCGCGAGCUGGAGGCGCAGCUGACCCUCUACGACCCGGAGGUGUGGGUGACCAACCUGCAGAACCAGCUGCUGCACCUGCAGGAGGAGAACCUGAUGCUGGUCAAGACCAGGGAGGCGCUGAUGAAGAAACACGGUCUCGAGACAUGAUCGGGCCCGCGGCCAGCACGCACGCGCGAGGAAAUGAUUAAAACUUGCUGCACAAUUUCGGAACUUUUGAAUUCUUGUUAUGAAAAUGGCCUAGCUGAAGUAUUUAUGCAUCAUUUCUCUCGAGGAAUGUACAUCUGAAGCGGCCCAUCAGAAAUACCUAGUCGUGUUCUGAUCUGUUUACGAUAGUUGAUUGAAAUUACUUAUGUCUCAUUUGUUCAUGUGAUUUGCAUUCCUCGAAAGCCAUCGGUGCCAAAUGGAAUACGAUGUGUUGUGUUUUCAUAGCAUGGAUUCACGCGUUACCGAUGUGGGCGGUGAGUUGGUGUCACUUAUUUCGCGUGUGCCGGCGUCGCGCACGGCAGCGGCGCCGAAUCGGCUGUGUUUCAUGUACAUACCAUUAUUCGUGUAGCGGUGGCCGAGCGCGGCCCGCGUCAGAUUCAAUGUUUAUGCGCACACAUAUCCUGUGGUGCGGGCGGGGCUGCGUUUUGGGGUGGGGGUUGGUGGCGACGGCGCGCCGUAGCAGGGACUGGGCCUGUCACCUCAGACACCCGCACACCUGUCUAGUCCGAUCGCUGCGCUCGCGGCGACCUAUUGCGUGCUCUCACGCGCCGUGCGUGUGCCCGUUGUGAUCCUUUUAACUCGGAGCGCCCCCUGGGCGGGUCGCCGCGCCGUUUCGUCGUCUGACCGUUUUUUGGAGGGGGCUGAGCGGGGCUGGGUGGCGGCGCCGGCGGCGGUGCCGGUGCCUCUGUCGUGCCGGCACUGACCGGCAGGCGACGGGGCACCGGCGGGCCGCCCCGACCUCGGCUCCGACCCCGCUCAGCCACCGACCUCAGUGGAUGCGGGAAAUCGCGGACGUUUGCGACCUGACGUGGCUCGGCCGACUCGAAACACGACCGAAACGCUCCCCUCCUCUCUCCGCCGCUCUCGUUGCACCUGGGUCGCUCUGUCGCGGCAUAUAUUUGCUUUUGUUCGCGCUGAGCAGUGUGACUGCCAGCCUCAGCACUUUGCUACAGAUGGGUCUCUUUUUGGGGGAUGGGAGAGAAAAUGUGUUGUUUCUGCUGUGUUGUUUUUAAUUUUAUUUGUAUAUUCAAGUGCAUUGUGAGCAUGCGCAAUACGACUGCCACCGGAUACGAAAGUUCCGCCCGUGACUAGGCGCAAAACACCUGUUUUUGGGAGUGUACAGCUUCACAGCGCUUACGUUUUCUCCCCUGACCCAGUCAUUGUACAUAUUGUAAAUACAGGAGCGUGACUGCGCA